GGCCACUAAACCUUAAGCUCCCGUUAUGCCACACUUGCCCAAUCCCUCUCUUGGUACCAAAAUUUUCACUUCACCACUCACAUCCAAAAUGAGCACUCUUCCUCAAACACAGGGCCAAACCAUCCAAGAUGCUUGGGACUACAAGGGUCGUCCAGCAGAGAGAUCCAAAACUGGUGGUUGGACUUCCGCUGCCAUGAUCUUAGGGAUAGAAGGAUGUGAGAGGUUAACAACUCUGGGUAUCGCCGUCAAUUUGGUGACAUACCUCACCGGCACCAUGCAUAUGGGAAAUGCUUCCUCUGCCAACGUUGUCACCAACUUCAUGGGAACAUCUUUCAUGCUCUGUUUAUUCGGUGGGUUUCUAGCAGACACUUUCAUCGGCAGAUACCUCACUUCAGCCAUUUUUGCAGCCAUUCAAGCAGCGGGUGUAACGAUCUUGACGAUUUCAACCAUAAUCCCGGGCCUUCAUCCUCCGCGAUGCAAAGAGGAAAGUUCAGAAUCUUGCGAGCCUGCAAACACCGCACAACUAAUGGUGCUCUAUUUAGCUCUCUACACCAUAGCCCUCGGCACCGGUGGAGUGAAAUCGAGCGUCUCGGGAUUCGGGUCUGACCAAUUCGAUGAGACGGACGAAGGUGAAAAGAAACAGAUGGUGAUGUUCUUCAACUGGUUCUUCUUCUUCAUAAGCAUAGGGUCACUGGCGGCGGUGACGAUUCUCGUGUACAUUCAGGAUCAUUUAGGAAGAGAUUGGGGUUAUGGGAUUUGUGCCACCACGAUUUUGGUGUUCCUUGCGGUGUUCUUGGCGGGGACGAGGAGGUACCGGUUCAAGAAACUGGUGGGGAGUCCGCUGACGCAGAUUGCAGUGGUGUAUGUGGCGGCGUGGAGGAAGAGGAGGUUGGAACUUCCGUCUGAUCCGUCGUUGCUGUACAACGUUCAUGAUAUUGACGAUGAAACGCUCAGGAAGAAGAAGCAGAUGUUGCCACAUAGCAAACAGUUCAGAUUUUUGGACAAGGCAGCAAUAAAGGACCCAAAGAUAGAUGUCAAAACAGCAACAGAGAGGAAGUGGUAUCUAUCAACCUUAACAGACGUCGAAGAAGUGAAACUAGUACAAAGAAUGCUACCCAUAUGGGCCACAACCAUCAUGUUCUGGACAGUCUACGCCCAAAUGACUACUUUCUCAGUCUCACAAGCAACCACACUCGACCGCCACAUUGGAAAAUCAUUCCAAAUCCCAGCAGGAUCCCUAACAUUAUUCUUCGUUGGAAGCAUCCUCCUAACUGUCCCUAUUUACGACCGCAUCAUCGUUCCUAUUGCAAAAAAAUUGUUGAAGAACCCACAAGGGCUAACCCCACUGCAACGCAUUGGGGUUGGCCUGGUGUUCUCAAUCCUAGCCAUGAUGGCUGCAGCAUUGACAGAAGUAAAGCGGUUGCAUGUGGCACGUGCACAUGGCUUGGUGGACAACCCUGACUCGGUGCUUCCGAUGAGCGUGUUCUGGCUGGUCCCACAAUUCUUCUUUGUGGGAUCAGGGGAGGCGUUUACUUACAUAGGACAGUUGGACUUCUUCCUUAGGGAAUGUCCAAAAGGGAUGAAAACCAUGAGCACGGGUUUGUUUCUUAGCACACUAUCAUUGGGGUUUUUCGUCAGCUCCCUGUUGGUGACAUUGGUGCACAAGUUGACGGGCCACCGUAAUGCGUGGCUUGCGGAUAACCUUAACCAAGGGAAGCUCGAUUACUUCUAUUGGCUCUUGGCGGUUUUGAGUGGUUUGAAUUUGGUGGUGUUCUUGGUUUGUGCUAAGUGGUAUGUGUACAAGGACAAAAGGCUUGCUCAGGAAGGCAUAGAAUUGGAGGAUCAAGACACUUCUAGCCAUGCAUAGGUUUUUCUUUAUUACUCCCUCCGUUCCUAUUUAACUAUCCACUUUAAGUGAAGACACACAUAUUAAGAGUGCGAUUAAUUUUGUUGAUUUUUAGAUAAAGUGAGGAUUAUUUUUCUAUUUUACCCUUUAAUGUAUGUGUUAUCUCUCCUCGUUUAUUGUACUGAUAAUGACAUUUGUUAUAAAAACAUCAUUUAAUGUUCUCUUAAAAUGUUAAGUGGACAGUUAAAAAUAGGAACAAAAAAAAUUCUUCAAAAUAAAUAGUUAAAUAGGAAUGGAGGGAGUAGUAUUCAAUGUUAGCUGUCUGUUCAUUAUCACUAACAAAAUAUUAGUUUAGUUGACAUGCAAAAAUCAGCACACUGAAAAAGAUUGUUUAAUUGUAGUUUAAAGCAAGGAAAG